UUUAUCUAGUGAGCUUUGAGAGGGCAUACUUUUUAUUCCCGUUGUUCGAUUGAGGAGAAAAUUAGAAUAUGUUGUUGCAGCGACCUGGAGCCAGUCUCAAAUGAAAAAUAACGCAAGGCGUUUGCUCAAUUCCAAAACACCAAAUCUCGACCCAAGCAAUCCCCGUCCACAUUCCAGUGGUUUAUGUCUAUAUUCACUGUUCCCCGGAUAUUUGAAACUCCAUGCUUUUGCACUAUUCACCUCAUUUGAUUAAGGCGAAAGGAACAGACAUGAUUCGCUUUGGCCAGGAAAUCCAAAACUUCGCCGAGAACACCACAGCUCAUGGUUUUCGCUACAUCGGCCAACGAGGAGCAUCCUUAGUCAGCCGAUUGUUCUGGAUUUUUGUUAUAGGGAGUGGAUUCUCACUCGUGGGAUAUUUGGCUCAUCAAUCCUUUGCGGAUUGGUCGUCGUCGCCUGUGAUCACGACCAUUGACUCGGUCUCGGCUUCCAUUAAGGAUCUGCCUUUUCCGACGGUAACAAUCUGCCCGAAACUGGAUACUAAUCAAUUCGCAUAUCCGGAAAUGGUGGCUAACGAGCACAAAUUUAAUGUCAAAUUAGAAGAGGCUCAAGAGAUUUGGAAAGAUUUUGGCUUCAUGAAAGAAAAAAUCCUGCAAAACAUUGAAUCACACUUGGCUCGCCUAGACGCCGAAGGUAUCUCCUGGCCUCAUAUUGACGAAGAAUUCAAGUUUCGGAAUAGCGUAAUUACGUGGCUCUUCCGAAAUCAAACUACACCAGAAAAACUAUAUCAAGAAAUGCGGCAAAGCUUAGGUCACGACAUUAAUUUUAAGACCUAUGUACGACAAUUGGGAAAGAUAUACGGCAAGUUCAAGAAUUUACCCGCCGUUCAAACCCAUGUGGAAGAGAGAAGGCUCAAUCAGUCCAUGGGAGAGGCGGACUUGUUCUAUAAAAAAGGAUAUUUGAUCUGUGGACAAAAUGGAUUUCUCGAAUUUGGUCAAUUGCUUUCCAAGUUCUCACAUCUAUUUGGUCAAUCCUUUCAACGAGAGGAACACCAUGAAAAAAUUUAUAAAGCCCAGAGUUGCUCCUUGCUCACACCUGAUGAGAUUAAAAUUCACGACUACUAUGCUUCUCUGGCUAAAGUGCUUGGAUUUAACAACAUAUCUUUGUACGAAUUACCCAGACUCGCUCAUCCACCGCCCGCGGAUCAAAAAGGUUUGAGCACAUUUCGGGAUAACACUCCUUACACAAGCUGUAAUCAGACAAGGUCAAACAUGCGCCUUCACAGCACUAUAACAUGCAGCCAAUCAAUGUUCACUAAUGCCAAACGCAGGAGUGAACAACCAUGCAUUGGCAAAGGCUCAAAGGCAGCAUGUUGCAGUGCGGGCCAGGCCUUGGGCGGCUUGGAUAAUUUAGAGAACCUAAUGCGAGUGAUGCGCUAUGCCCGCCACCUUUCUCCAUCCCAAGACAAUUUCACGCGAUUUUUUGAGCCCUUUUUUAAACCGGACGUCGAAAAGCAACUCAAAUAUCCGUUCCAUCAUUUCCAAUCCGGCUAUUUUAAGAACGGUCGGUUGGCUCUCAAUCCUCAUUCAGCGAUUCCUGUGUGUCGUUUCGAUGACGGUCAAACAUUCUCAAGCAACGAACAAACUCGAACCGCCCGUGAAUGUGAGCUGAUUCAGCCCGUGAUAACGGACCGCGGCAUGUGCAUGGCAUUCAACUCGGACUCCUUAACAACUUUGUUUAACAACAAUGAGUACCUUCAAAUCAUGAAAAAGGUGUUUGCAACUGAAUUUGAGCGAGAUUUACCCAUCGUGAAAUCGAUCACGGCCGGUGAUCACGUCGGUUUCACCGCUUUUCUUGACCAAAGAACAUAUUUACAACCCGAUUUUCGGUAUUCUUCAAACAUGGGCUAUGGUAGCUUCAUCGUCGGCUUCAAUCCAAGUUGGAAGUCCUUCAAUAUGAGGUCCAAAAUAACCCGACUAAGGAUCGGAUAUGAAACAGAGGUCCUCAUCACACCCUUCGAGCUCAGAGCUUCGGAGCGGCUACGAGAUCUGAGCUUUGCCCAACGAAGAUGCCGAUUUCCAGAUGAGUUAACCCCAGACAUGACCUUCUUUAAGCGAUACUCGCAAGAUGGAUGCCAAUUCGAGUGCUUACUGAAAGCUGCCACUAGUAUUUGUCUAUGCACACCUUGGGACUAUCCUUUUCUGGUCCCUGAAUUACGAGAUACUUGCAGCUUUUACGGUGCUCUCUGCUUCAAUGAAAUCCUCAAAAACGUCACAGAGAACGCCAAAUGCUCUUGUCUAGCGGAUUGUAGCGAUGUUCAGUACAGAUUUACAGAGAAAGAAUGGCCCGUGGAUGUGGCUGCUUUAUGUAAAAAUAGACUAACCGCUCAAUUGUUAACAAUCUUGAAAAUGGUUUUGGGUUUUUACCCAAGUUUUCUCUAUAAAUACGACGCAGUUAUAAACAAUGUGAGUUUAGGUAGUUUGAGGAUGGCGAGUGACGAAUAUGGCGAAUUUUGUCGCCGCGCCUUAAAACAUGAUUUUGCGAUUCUGACCGUUCGUUUGGAUUCAAAUAUUUAUCAAAAGGCAUGGCAAACAACUCGUGUUUCUCUCGCAAAUCAAAUUGCCAACAUAGGAGGCACUUUGGGCCUGUUCACCGGAAUGAGUUUUUUGAGCGUCAUUGAGGUCAUUUUCUGGUUGCUCCGGUUUUUUUUCAAAACCAUGAACUCCCAGACUAAUUUGAAGAAAGAAGGCACGUCAAAAACAGGAUCUACUCGGAAUUCAUUGCGAGUGUAAGUUUGCUUACCAUAUACAAUUGAGUAGAGCUUGGACCAACAUUUCGCCGCGGCACUUUGAGAUCGUAGCCACCAUCUGGAUCGCGUUUUCCCUUCAAGGCCGGAUCAUCAUUCGGCUCAAUCCCUCGAAUCCAAUCCGCACAACACUCACGAACUGACACAAUAAUGCUUUUAAAGGAGAAAAUACACCUUGUUUUAAUGUUCAA